ACCGACUGAGCCACCCAGGCGUCCCCCUGACUCACCCCCUUCUUCAUUCAGAUCCCAGGCCUCAGAGUUUGGUGAUGUGGAUUGGUGAAGUGAGUAUUUAUCAGGAACCAGUGAGCCGAAGGAUGCUGGGCCUGGAGCAGAUAGAGGCAAGAGAGGAGGAAAGCAGAGUGACUUUGCCUGGUGGAGACGGAUGCAGAAGGUGCCCCUGACGUCACAGGCAGGUCCUCCGUCUUCAGGGUCCACCUGCGCCCACUGAAGCUGGACAGGAGCCUCUAUAAGGAUGCCCUGGCAAGAAAGCUCAUGGUGCUCACUUUGGGCUUCACGGAUUGUGUAGUUUGGGCUGAAUUAAAAGCUGGGACAGGUGUCCUUUGACUUCCCCCGCGACAAGGCGAGAAGCUGGUGGAGAAGCUGCACAGUGAGGCCACUGCCCAGCCCACAGAUGAGGAGGUGCUGACCUGGUGCCGAGAGCAGAUGGACAAGGCGCCCAAGAAGAAAGGGAAGAAAGGAAAAACCAAAGGUACCCCGAUUGUUGAUGGGCUUGCUCCGGAGGACAUGAGCAAGGAGCAGGUGGAGGAACAUGUCAGCCGCAUCCGCGAGGAGCUGGACCGUGAACGUGAGGAGCGCAACUACUUCCAGCUGGAGCGGGACAAGAUCCACACCUUCUGGGAGAUCACGCGGAGGCAGCUGGAGGAGAAGAAGGCCGAGCUGCGGAACAAAGACCGGGAGAUGGAGGAGGCUGAGGAGAGGCACCAGGUUGAGAUUAAGGUCUACAAGCAGAAGGUGAAACACCUGCUGUAUGAGCAUCAGAACAACUUGACGGAGGUGAAGGCCGAGGGCACCAUGGUCAUGAAGCUGGCGCAGAAGGAACACCGCACACAGGAGGGCGCACUGCGCAAGGACAUGCGGGCGCUGAAGGUGGAGCUCAAGGAGCAGGAGCUGACCAACGAGGUGGUGGUGAAGAACCUGCGGCUGAAGCACACGGAGGAGAUCACCAAGAUGCGGAACGACUUCGAGAAGCAGGUGCGAGAAAUUGAGGCCAAGUAUGAUAAAAAGAUGAAGAUGCUUAGGGAGGAGCUUGACCUGCGGAGAAAGACCGAGAUCCAUGAAGUGGAGGAGAGGAAGAACAGCCAGAUCAACAUGCUGAUGCAGCGGCAUGAGGAAGCCUUUACGGACAUCAAGAACUACUACAAUGACAUCACCCUCAACAACCUGGCCCUCAUCAACUCCCUCAAGGAGCAGAUGGAGGACAUGCGCAAGAAGGAGGACCACCUGGAGAAGGAGAUGAUGGAGGUGUCCGUGCAGAACAAGCGCUUGGCAGACCCCCUCCAGAAGGCUCGCGACGACAUGAACGAGAUGCAGAAGAAGCUCAGCAACUACGAGAGGGACAAGCAGAUCCUGCUUUGCACAAAAGCACGUUUGAAGGUCACCGAGAAGGAGCUGAAGGGCCUGCAGUGGGAACACGAGGUGCUUGAGCAGCGGUUCCUCAAGGUGCAGCAGGAGCGGGACGAGCUGUACAGGAAGUUUACUGCGGCCAUCCUGGAGGUGCAGCAGAAGGUGGGUUUCAAGAACCUGGUUCUGGAGCGGAAGCUGCAGGCGCUGAGUGCUUCUGUGGAGAAGAAGGAGGUGCAGUUCAAUGAGGUGCUGGCGGCCUCCAACCUGGACCCCGCGGCGCUGACCCUUGUGUCCCGCAAACUGGAGGAUGUUCUAGAAUCAAAGAACAACACUAUCAAGGACUUGCAGUAUGAGCUGGCCCGGGUCUGCAAGGCCCACAGUGACCUGCUGCGCACCUAUGAGGCGAAGCUCCUGGCCUUUGGGAUCCCUCUGGACAACGUGGGCUUCAAGCCUCUGGAGACGGCUGUGAUCGGGCAGACGCUGGGCCAGGGCCCCGCGGGACUCGUGGGCACCCCGACGUAGUGCUUGCCCAGGACUGCUCCCUGGAUGACCUUCCCUUUCACCAAGGACAGGAACUGUUUUUUUUUUUAGAUUUGGAUCAUCUACAAAUAAAGGUUUUCUACAUU